CCUCUGCCUCCACCCACACCACCCACCAUUCAACUCACCACCUACCAUAACCACGCUCUAUCUAACUUCAACUGUUGUGAAAGUCCGCCGGGAUCGUUUGCUGCAAUGAGGUUCUACUCGCAGUCCUUCUUGUACGACGAUCCCUGGUCUAUCGUAUCCUAUGCGUUCUUCAUGCGAUAUCCCAACCCCUUCGCCUCCCAUGUCCUCUCCUGCGACGUCAUUUCACGUAACAUCAGCCCUACGGGCACAUUGGUGACUACGCGUCUUAUUUUGAAGAGCGGUGCCAUGCCAAGAUGGGCACCCAAGGGCAUGGUCUCGCGCGCCGAAUCGUGGGUUAUUGAGGAAAGCGAGGUCGAUCCCGUGGGCAGGGUUGUGCGGUGUACUACGAAGAAUCUCGACCAUGUCAAGGUCAUGAGAGUGGAGGAGCGCGUCAUUCUGGAGCAGACCAGCGAUGACAAAACGCUGCAGAACACCGAAGCUCGCAUUGUGUCUGGCUUCGGCUGGGGUCUGACGAAGAGGAUUGAGAGCCAUGGCUUGGCGAGGUUCAAGGCCAACAUUCAAAGGUCGCGCCAGGGGCUUUUCACCAUCCUGGAACUCAUCCGCCAGUCUCGUGCACAGACCAUGACAAUGGGGGUACCCAGCUUGUAUACACCUUCGCAGCGUUUUACUUCUGGCUCCUCAGCCUCACAAACUGCCUCAGAGGCAAGCGGGUCUUCUGACAAUGAGCAAAAGCCGCGCGGAACAUGGCUCAACCCCAAGUCGUGGCUAUGACCGUGACCAAAGCUCUAAGUACGUACGUAGCUAAUAGCCUUCCCGUAUUUUAUUCUCUUCGUGGUCUAGCAGAGACGUUCUUUCCUUCUCUGCUCGUGUGUUUUGUAGGGCCGAUACGCAUUGCAAUCCGUGUAUUUGUACCAGUAGCAUACGUAACUAUGAAUUUGCACCAGCUCUCAUUGCGCGU